UGACAGUUAAAACAUAUCUAGUAGCCCUCAAAAAUAUUUCAUUUCGUGUAAACUUUUCAGAGCUUACGUUUAACUUCAUAAAGUAUGUAUCUGUACAACAUUUUCGUUAUAUUUUUGGCUGUUUUUAAGCUCAACUGUAUUUGUUCGCCCCCUAAUGUCACAGUGAACUUAAUUUGGGAACAGCACAAUAAAUAUAGAAAACAAGCGGGCAUGCCAGAAUUAUCCUUGUCUAAAAAGCUGAGUAAAGAUUGCGAAGAUUAUGCACAGCAUCUAGUUACACUGAACAUCCCAGAUCAAGAAUUAUUCUGGCUCGAUAGACAAAUAGUAUUCAAUAUUUCGAAUUAUGUUCCUGACCUCGGGGAUCACAUAGCUUAUCCCUUUUCGGAUAAAAAUAAAAAAUAUUAUACAGAAAGUAUAUGCGAGUUUAAGACUAUAUCUUGUGUUCGCCAUUGGUAUUAUGGCGGAAAUGGAGAAUAUAGCCGUGCGCAAUUAUUCCAUGAAUCAAGCUCAUUGGCUGACAAGUACACUGCAAUCGUAUGGAGGUCAUCAAAGAAAUUGGGAGUGGGUAUAGUCCAAAAAAACUCAGCGAAAAAUAAUGGAAGGAAAAUAUUGGUCGUCAGGUAUUCUCCACCCGGAAAUGUGGUUGGGAAGUAUAAAGAAAAUAUACCAGCAAAUGUAUUUGAAGAUGAUGAACUUGAAGUCGAAACUACAACUGAGUCAAAAGCAUGCGAAAAGAAAUCCUAUAUAUUUUCUAAAGUACUUAUUUUUCUGACACUUACAUUGGCUACCUUAUUUUUUAAAAUUGUUGUGGUGCACCAUUAAACAAAAAGAAAG